UUGUUACGUCACACACCCUCAUUGUUCACAGCCACGCUUCGCUGCGCACGAUCACGCUCACGGACAAAGUUUCAACAAACCCAUUGUUUCGUCACAAACAGUAUUGUUGGAAUUCGUUUCAAACAAUCCGACUUUCAAUGCUUAUUGUGACGUCAUAUCGCUCUUUAUUGAUAGCGGACAGGUUAUAGUUUAUUUGUGACGUAACCAGAUGUGCAGUACCAGCAGUUAUGACGUCACAAUCAGUUAAACUUCGCGUGGAUCGAUAUUCGUUUAUGACGUCACUAUAUAUAUUGUUGAUAUGUCGCCUCGAGGGAUGAAAGUAGCGCAUCAGUGACUAUUGGUUGGUUGGUUGUGAAUAACAAUGCUUAGUGUUCGAUGGAAAGGUGUAUGUGACGUAUGUAUGACGUCACACAGCGCAGUUGCGAGAUAGGGAUUGUGACGUCAUAAUUAAUACGAUUGUUACAUAUUGUUUUAAUAAUUCAUGCGUCGCGCGUUUAAAUAAAUCUGUUCAUUGUGACGUCAGUCCCUUGUGACAUCAAUCCCAUUAUCGCGACUUCAUAGAUGCAAUCCGCUUAAGUGACGCCUGGGAAUUAAACAUAUACCUAUGUGACGUCAUAAAGGAUAUGGUUAAAUCCGUUGUUCGUCACAUCCGGGUUCAUAACUUUACGAUUGUCACGUCACAAUCCCCUUAAUGCUUCUUAAUAAGAAAUGCGGUCGCUUCGAAUCGACGAGUUUUGAAUAAUUUAUUCUCGCAAUGCGAAUAAUGAAUAGCAUUGUUUAGGAACUAUGACGUAACAAUGGAAAGUGUAGAACAGUUGUGACGUGAUAUUAGCUUGAUUGUGAUGUCAUAAUAAAGAUGUCGAACGUACCGAACCGAAGCACGAAAAUCGCGUUUCAGAAUUGGAGACGAAAAGAUGACGAAACAAUCAGGAACAAUGAACGACAACAAGCGUGUCGUCACACAACAAAGAACCAACUGUUACGUCAUAGACGUUCUAAGUUCGGGUUCGUGUUCUCGUCAUGUGGUGACCUUAUAAGGAGAUACCCACAAAUAAGGCCAAGUGUAUGCAGUGUAGCGACCGGGGUUGUUUUGAUUCUCUGCGGAACUUUGUGCCUCGUAGUCCCGCAGAUUCGCUCCAACUUCCCGAUGUGGGUUGGCUUGUUACUUACAUUGAUCGGAGGGGUGGCGACCGUCGUUGGGAUUAUUGGAUUCAAACUCGAAUCGUUGAAACUUCAGCGACGUGCGCGAUCGAACGCGACGUCUAUGACGCAAUACACGCCGACAAAGAUAGUUACCGGGGAACCCCCGAAGAUGGAAACAGUUAUUGAAGAAAAGAUUUCUCCGGGUAUUCCCCGCCCGUUAACAAGGGACUUACCCCCCAGGAGGAAACUUCCGGAUUCACCACGUGGUACCAAGGGAAUUCCCCCGCCUUCCUUCUAUUCGUCUGAACCCGACUUGACCCCAGUGAAACGGGGAAAACCCCACGAUGCAUUCCCCCAACCCCAUAACGUCACAAGGUACGAAAAGUUUGAACAAAUCAACUUCCCCGUCACAGAGAUGAAGUAUGACGUCAUCAAAUUAGAGAAGGGUGAUGACGUUUUCAGGGGAAAUCCCUUAAUUGGGAACGAAAUAUUUGAGAGGUUUCGCGACCCCUUGCUCUUUCGCGCCAUCACGCGGAUCAAAUAUCAGUGUGAUUGUGAGUUUCACCGGGGUAAGAUGGAACGAUGUGACGUCAGCGAUACAUUACGUCAUCAGUGUGACGUAGAGUCGCUACGUCAUCACAGCGAAGCAGAAAGUGGGAGGGGAUUGCGUCAUAGUUAUCACUGAGUUAACUUUAUUACGUCAUAGUGCUUCCAUUACUUUGUGACGUUAUAGGUUUGAUAAUAACAACAUCAGGAUAAUUUGUGACGUCACAAUGGCAAACAAUGCACCAACACAAUGCUUAUUAUGUGAUAUAUUUAUACCGCCAUGUGAUUGGUUGAUUAUUAACCACGUGAUCAAAGGUUACUAAUGUCUAUUGUUACGCCAUAAACAAUCAUAUUUGGCAUUGUUUUCGUAGUAUGACGUCAUAACAGAGCAAUUAUAAUUAAACAUCACGGUUGUGUCGACAGCGA